AAAAAAAAUCGAGCAGAGAAGCCAACCGAACCUAGCCGCCGCACUCUCGUCCUCUCCCAUCCUCAAGCCGCCGCCGCCGCCCACUGUCCCGCGCGGCCACGCCGCCGACUUAAACCCUGCUCCCCCCUUCUCGCGCCGCCACCACUGCAAAACCCUAGCUCCGACGACCCGCCGCCGACGCGCAACGCCAUGGCUCUGUCGCAGGGGCCCAAGAACAACUACCGCUGCGACCGCUCGCUGCAGCAGUUCUACACGGGCGGGCCCUUCGCCGUCGGGCGCGCCCCCCGCGGCGAGGGCGAGGGCGACGCCGAGGAGGCGUUCCUCGCGUGCGCCUGCGGCAGCGAGCUGCGCGUGGUGUCCGCCGCCGACGCCUCCGCCAUAGGGGAGCCCAUCGACGGCGACUCCGAGGCCGUCACGGGGAUCGCGCUGUCCCCCGACUCCCGCCUGCUCUUUGCUGCUGGCCACAGCAAGCUUAUCAGGGUCUGGGACCUCGCGUCUCGCACUUGCAUCCGCAGCUGGAAGGGACAUGAUGGUCCUGUUAUGGCCAUGUCAUGCCAUGCUUCUGGUGGGUUGCUUGCAACCGCCGGAGCAGACAAGAAGGUUUGCGUGUGGGAUGUGGAUGGUGGGUUUUGCACACAUUUCUUUAGAGGUCAUACAGGUGUUGUGACGACCAUAAUGUUCCACAGAGAUCCAAAGCGCCUUCUGUUAUUUUCAGGAAGUGAUGAUGGCACAGUGCGCGUUUGGAACCUUGAAAGCAAAAAAUGCAUUGCGGUGCUUAACGCACAUUUUUCAACAGUGACUUCGUUGGCAUUAUCAGAAGACGGGCUAACAUUGCUCAGUGCAGGAAGGGAUAAGGUUGUGAAUGUGUGGGAUCUUCGGAAGUACGCCUCAAAGAAGACAAUACCAGCAUAUGAAAUGAUAGAAGGUGUUUCCUUCAUUGGACCAGGGAGCGGCAUCUUGGCUUGUUUGGGUGUCGAAGCGGCAAAGUUGAAGGAAAAAACGGAUGGUUAUUUUCUUACGGUUGGUGAACGUGGAAUCGUGCGCAUAUGGUGCUUGGAAAGCGCUGUCUGCGUGUUUGAGCAGCAGUCAUCUGAUGUAACCAUCAACUCAGAAAACGAGGAAUCUAGAAGGGGCUUUACAGCUACUAAUAUGUUGCCAGAUGAUCAAGGAAUUCUAUGUGUCACUGCUGAUCAACAAUUUUUGUUCUAUUCUUGUACAAGAACUGAUGAAGGGACUUUCCAGUUGAACCUAUAUAAACGUCUAAUAGGUUAUAAUGACGAGAUUCUUGAUUUGAAGUUUGUUGGGGAAGAUGAACAAUAUCUUGCCGUAGCCACUAACUUGGAGCAGGUCCGUGUUUAUGACGUUGCAUCAAUGUCAUGUUCUUAUGUGCUGGCGGGUCACACUGAAAUUGUUGUUUGCCUUGAUACCUGUGUGUCUGCUUCUGGGAAGACACUUGUUGUAACUGGGAGCAAAGAUAAUACUGUAAGAUUGUGGGAUAUGGAAAAGAGAAGCUGUAUUGGUACUGGUAAAGGCCAUCUAGGAGCUAUUGGUUGUGUUGCUUUCUCAAAGAAGUCAAAGAACUUUUUUGUUAGUGGUAGCAGUGACCGAACAAUCAAGGUUUGGACCUGGGAUGAUACACUCAUUGAUGCUGGCGGUGAAGUUCCUCUCAAAGCAAAGGCUGGUGUAGCUGCACAUGAUAAAGAUAUUAAUUCUCUGUCUGUCUCACCUAAUGACGGCCUUGUUUGCAGUGGUUCGGAGGACCGAACUGCAAGCAUAUGGAAACUCCCUAACCUAGUGUCAUCGGUUGUCCUUAAAGGGCAUAAAAGGGGCAUUUGGUCAGUUGAGUUUUCCCCUGUUGAACAAUGUGUCAUAACAUCAUCUGGUGACAAAACUGUCAAAAUAUGGCAUGUUGCUGAUGGCUCAUGCCUGAAGACAUUUGAGGGUCAUACAUCAAGUGUUUUAAGAGCUUCAUUCCUUUCACGUGGAACUCAGUUUGUUUCUUGUGGAAGCGAUGGUCUAGUGAAGCUAUGGACGAUAAAGACGAAUGAGUGCAUUGCUACGUAUGACAAGCACGAUGGGAAGAUUUGGGCACUGGCUGUUGGCAAGAGAACUGAAAUGCUUGCUACUGGCGGAACUGAUUCUGAUCUUAACCUUUGGCACGAUUGCACGAUGGAAGAUAAGCAGGAGGAUUUCCUUAAGAAGGAGGAGGAAGUUUUAAGAGGCCAGGAAUUGGAAAAUGCAGUGUCAGAUUCUGACUAUACAAGAGCAAUACAACUCGCAUUUGAGCUUAGAAGACCACGCAGGCUUCUUGAGUUAUUCUCACAGCUUUGCAGGAAAGCUGAUCCAGAGGACCCUAUAGAAAAAGCCCUUGUUGGUCUCCCAAAGGAAGGGCUUCGCGUGCUUCUUGAGUAUAUACGUGAAUGGAACACAAAGCCCAAGUUUUGUCAUGUUGCACAGUUUGUACUUUUUCGGGUGUUGAGGAGCUUGCCUCCCACUGAUAUCCUGGAGAUAAAAGGCAUCAGUGAGCUCCUCGAGGGCCUCAUUCCAUAUUCGCAAAGGCACUUCAGCAGAGUCGAUAGACUAGUACGCAGCACGUUUUUAUUGGACUACACCUUGGCCCGAAUGUCUGUCGUAGACCCAGACGUAGAUGCGGGCACAACCAAAGACUCGUCAAUGAACAAUGUUGAGAUGGCGCCAGCAGAGCCUGCACAGGACACCCCGGAGAAGCCGGGCAGGAAGAGAAAAUCCAGCAAAACAACAAGCCAAUCAAGCAAGAAAAGUAGUAAGAAGGUGAAGGCUUCUUCGAGCGCUGUUGUUUCUGUUGAGGCGUAAACAGUUAACACUGACCGGUUCUCUCUUCGCACCACCAAUUUUGUAGCUGCUGCCUGUGGAAUCAUGUUUAUUUUGCUUCAUGACAAACCCUGUACAGAAUGUAUUAUUUGCCGAGUCGAAAAGACAUCAGGCGUGUACGAGUAAUCCGUUAAAUUUUUCCGAUGGAAUUCAUAGCUAA